AUGCACAGAAGACUUUCUUCUGCUGAAAAAGGCAAAGCGGUGGCCCUGGAGCACCGGCCUGCUCCGCGCACAGCAAGAGUGCGCCUCUCCGAGCCUGACAACGCAUCUCUGCGGCAGAAACACUCUCUCACUCUCAUAGGAAGAGUCACCAACCCUUCAGUUCAGAAGGUGUGGGCUCUCAUUCCAUUCUUCACGGACCACUGGAAGGCCGAUAUUCCUCCGACUGGAGCUGACUUGGGUGCAGGAAUGUUUCAAUUCCAGUUUGAUUUGGAAUCAGAUUUACUUACAGUGUUAGCAAAACGGCCCUAUCAUUAUGCUCGUUGGAUGAUUAUUCUCGAACGAUGGGAGCCUACAAUCUCACCCAGCUUCCCAUCAAUGAUCCCCUUCUGGAUCAAAAUACAAGGCAUUCCAGUACAUUUAUGGACGGAGGAGGCGGCUCAACAGAUCGGUGAAGACAUUGGUACUUUCGAAACUGCAGAUGUCACGCCACUAGCUAUCAGAAUGCGAGUGCAUAUUAACGGCAGACUCCCUCUCAUCAAAGCGACCACUAUUGAGUAUCCAAACGGAGAGGAAGGAACUGCUACGCUAGUAUAUGAAAAAUUAGAAAAGCAUUGCUCUCAUUGCAAUAGACUUGAUCAUGAGCUUAGAGACUGCUUGGAGGCGAAGCAUCAGAAGAAAGCAAUGCUGGCAAGCCAGGACGGCUCCCAGAGAACUACCGGAUCAGUGGCAAACAAAGAACCGUCUAACCUCAGAGACAAGAUAUUCCAGACUGAACCAAGUAGACACCCCCCUAAUCGUGAGGGACAAAGUAGACCUCUCUCAAGGUACAAUGGAGGCAAUAAAUCUCUUGAAGUCCCAACCAGAGACAGAGCCCCGAGUCACUACUCCAGAAGUCGCUCCUACCAGCGCCAGGAAUGGCUUCCAAAGGACAAGUAUCAUAGGGAUUCCUAUUCUCGGGAACAUGCUCGACAUGGCCAGACAACCCAUCAAUACUCCAGAGAAAGACUGGAAAAUUUUCGUGGGGUUUCCCACUCAACUGUCUCUACAAAUAAGAGAAGUAAUAGAGACCUUGUACGCUACGGGUCAGAAGAGUUCCCUAUACAGGAUGGUAGACUUCCCAUUCAGGAGGACAAAGCCUCCUCGUAUGGAUACCAGCAAAGUCUAGAAAGGGGAAUCCCUAGAGACACUACCGAUGACAGAGUUCCCCAGAAGGCUUUAGAAGCAGCCAGAGAUGAACUAGAAAGCGUUAUGAAUCAGUAUACAAAUUGCGCUGACCCUAUUGAGAGUGCAGCUCGAAAGGAGAGAAUUAGACAAGCAGAACUCAAAGGACAGCUCGAGGAGUCUGCUGCUCAGAUAGCCCGAGCUGCUUUAGCUCGCACUAAUGCGGUGGAGUCACCUCCUAGUCCUCCAACAAAGUCCCAAGAACGAGUUCCAGCUUCGCAGCGGCUAGGACAGAGAGAUCAGGAUACAGAGAUUGAGAAAGAUUUCUCGCAAGAGAGACUACCGAUAUCGUCCAGACUAGGUCCAGUGGGAAAUGAUAUGUUUCCAAGCGAAGAGAUUGCUCCUGCGCCAGCGCAGAAAAGAAAACCAGGAAGGCCCCCAGGGAAGAGAACAAUUGCUUCCAGCCCUGGACUUUUGCCGGGAGCGAGCUCGCGUAAAAGAAAAGUCCAACAAGUCAGAACCCCUAAUUGUCGACGGAAGCUCCAGGUAGAUGCUGAUAAAGCCUCCAAGGCAAGAGCAGUGACUAAAAAAGGGGGUACUUCUCGUAACAGGGGAGCACAGGAGGACAGUGGUACAAACUCUGAGAAUCAGCCAAUCGUUAACAUGAUACCAGCAGCGGCUCGACGUAGGAUGGAUUUUCGGAUUCCAUCCCACCCCGCUCCUUAG